AUGAAGGAAGUGGCUAUUGAACUUGAAGGUUUGAGGAAGAUAACUGGAGUCUCUUGGUCUAAUCAAUAUGGACUCGAAGAGAAUGAUCAGGAUGAAUUAUCAGAUCUAUACACAGUUCCCGUCAACUCCAAUGGAAAUACCCCCAAUUCAGAUGGUUCUCUACUGACAUUAGCCAAUGUCCAAACCAGUACCACUAAUAGCACCAGCAUCACUAUAACAAAACCAGGAUGCCCUAAGCAGUGUGGGAACGUAACGGUUCCAUACCCAUUCGGUAUUGGCUCAUGUUGUGCUUUUGAUUCGGGGUUCGAGGUUGACUGCAACAUUUCUAAAAAACCCCUCAUAGGAAACAAUUUGACUGUGUAUGACAUCUCGGAUGCUGAAUUGCGCAUCUCCAAUGACUUCGGUUGGAGAUGUUACGGCUCCAACGGAGCUGUGAUCGGGGAGUAUAUGGUUUAUAAUACAUUUUCAGAAUCAAGUCCGUAUAGUUUCUCUGCACUGAACAGGUUUAUGGUAGUUGGUUGUGAUGACUACAGUUCCAUGACGGGGCCUAAUGACUUUUGGUAUAGCUGCAAUGCCAGCUGUGUCAGUUCGGGGGAUAUGACAGAAGGAGUGUGUAUGGGAAAAGGCUGCUGCCAGAAACAGAUUCCUAAGGGCUUGAAAUACUAUACCACAGAAAUGUCUAGCACAGGAAACCAUACCGAUGUUUGGUCGUUUAAUUCAUGUGGGUAUGCAUUUUUGGGGGAGGCUGAUAGCUUUCGUUUCCAGGGCUUGCCAGAUCUAGGUGAUGAUCUAAGUGUUGAUUAUUUUUUUGAGAGGCUAAAGGCCACUGUGCCCAUUGUGCUGGACUGGGCCAUCGGAAAUCUUACUUGCACGCAAGCUCGGAAAACAGAGGAUUAUACUUGCACUGAAAAUAGCUACUGCAUUGAUUCCGAUACUAGUCUUGGUGGCUAUCGCUGCAGCUGUAAUCCAGGUUAUCAUGGCAAUCCUUAUCUCAAUCAAGGCUGUCAAGAUAUUGAUGAAUGUGCUGAUCAUCCAAAUAACAGUUUGUGUGAAAAGAUGUGCAUAAAUACUCCAGGAAGUUACAAUUGUUCUUGUCCCCAUGGAUAUACUGGUGACGGCAAAAAGGAUGGUCGUGGUUGUAUUGCUCCCUACCCUAAUCAGUUUCCAUGGAUCAAGUUCUUCACAGGUAUAGGAGCUGUUGGCUUUAUAUCCCUAGUGGUUGUAACAAUUUGGCUCUGUUUCAGAAUAAGGAAAAGGAAAUUGAUUGAAGUCAGGGAGAAAUUCUUCCAACAAAAUGGUGGUUUAUUAUUGAAACACAGAAUCUCCACUAACGACAAUGGUGUGAAAGCAACAAAAAUUUUCACAGCUGAGGAGCUGAAGAAAGCUACAGACAAUUAUGCCCAUGACAGAAUUCUUGGUCGUGGUGGCAAUGCGAUUGUAUAUAGAGGCGUGCUAUGUGAUAAUCACAUAGUUGCAAUUAAAAAAUCUAGAAUUGUGGAUGAGAGCCAAAUUGAGCAGUUUAUCAAUGAGGUGCUUAUUCUCACUCAAAUCAACCAUCGAAACGUGGUGAAGCUCUUCGGGUGUUGUUUGGAAGAUGAAGUUCCUUUAUUGGUUUAUGAGUAUGUAUCUGAAGGAACUCUUUACGAGCACAUUCACAAUCAACGUGGAGGGGGUUGGUUAAAUUGGCAAAAUCGGUUGAGAAUUGCCAUAGAGACAGCCACUGCACUUGCUUACCUUCAUUCAUUUGCCUCCAUGCCUAUAAUUCAUCGCGAUGUCAAGUCUUCCAACAUAUUGUUAGAUGAAUUUUCCACAGCUAAAGUGGCUGAUUUUGGAGCUUCAAGGCUCAUCCCUUUGGAUCAAACACGUGUGGCUACAUUAGUUCAAGGUACAUUUGGGUACUUGGAUCCUGAAUAUUUUUUCAAAAGUCAAUUGACGGAUAAAAGUGAUGUUUACAGCUUUGGAGUAGUUCUGGCAGAACUUCUAACGGGGUUAAAACCAGUUUCUGGAGAUAGAAACGAUGAUCAAAAGAAUUUGGCUGAUUAUUUUGUUUCAUCCAUAGAUAAUAAUCGCUUAUUUCAAAUUCUUGAUCAUCGUGUUUUGCGAGAAGGAAAUCUUGAGCAACUUCAACAGAUGGCUGAGCUAGUGAAGAAUUGUCUUCAAUUGCACGGAGAAGAUAGGCCUACAAUGAAGGAAGUGGCUAUUCAACUUGAAGGUUUGAGGAAGGUAACUGGAGUUUCUUGGUCUAAUCAACAUGUACACGAAGAUAAUGAUUUGUCAGAUCUUUACACAGUUCCAAUGGACGCCUAUGGAAAAAAACCCCAAUUCAGAUAGUUAUCAAUCAUGCAUCCAACAUACAAUCGAAGUUGAUCCAAAAUCCAGGCUACUAAUAAUGGUAGUAUUAGAUUUCUCUUACUGUACUAUCCCUGUUUCGAGAAGUUGGUAUCUUGUAGCCCUGUUUCGAGAAGUUGCCACAAUGACAAUUUUAAACUAUUUUGGCCAGUAUUUGUAGCCCAUAAACUUUUGAAGUAAAUUAUUU